AUGGGGAAACUAAUUGAUAUUGCAGGUGACUCGAGUACUAUGUUGCUGGGAAUAAAUAGAUAUGCCACAGUCGCUGAUGUAGCCUCGUCUGGGCAAUGGAACAUCAGGAGAUGCCGCAGCUGUCACCUAUGGGCGAUGAUAGCUGCCAUCAACUCUGUUCCACCCCCGGUAGAGGAUGCAGGUAGUGAUCGUGUGCUAUGGAAACAUAGAGAUGACAACUACAGACCUUGGUUCUCAUCAUCCAGAACAUGGGACCAACUGCGAGAGCACAGCCCAAUAGUAGAGUGGAGCGAUCGGACCAGCGCAUGGGGGGAGGUUCAAGGUUGCAGGCUCUGUGGGGAACCUGAUGAGACCCGAGACUACCUUUUCUUCGCUUGCCCAUACUCAUUCACUGUCUGGACCGACCUGACUGUAUGUCUCCUUCCACGGCCAAGCCCUGAUUGGAACAUCACCAUGACCACCCUGCUAUCUCCUAGACGUAAUAAGGUUGACUCCUGCCUGCUUCGGUUGGCUUUUCAAGGAUCAAUCUACUUGCUCUGGAGAGAACACAAUGGGCGCAAGCAUAACAACUCGUGGAACUCGCCGGCCAAGCUCGUGAAGUCUCUAGACAGGACUAUUCGUAAUAGGAUAUCCUCCAUAUGA